AUGGCUGGGGGUCUUGCGCUCCUCCUCGCCAUGCUGGGCAUUGUCCUGCAGCCGCUGAAGGUCAGUGACCACAUGGAUGUGGCCAUGGAGCAGUGGAUGCAGCAGCGCAAGGAGCAGGAGGUGGAGCUGAUGACUCGGCUGCAGCAGGAGUUUGCGGAGAUGAUGCAGGAGCCGCAGAGCGGACUUUUCAGGAGAGAUGUGGUCUUCGCCACCUGGGACCUGUGGCAGUUUGGGGCCUUUGCUGGAGGCCUUGUGCUGCUCUUUGGGCUCUUCUGGAUGGCCAUGGAGCAGGACUUUGAUGAGUGUGACAGCAGCAGUGGCCUGAGCUCCUCCAGCAGCGAAGAGGAGGGGGAAGGCGAGGAGCAGGAGGCUGUGGGUGCUGUGCACUGGCUCUCUCCUGAACAGCAGCUGGACUGCCCAGGCAGGAGGGCCCUAGAGACCUUCUACCAGCAGCACCUCUGGGGGCCAGUGCAGGACGUGGCCCACACAUGCAAGGUGGUGGAGGAGCUGGCGGGCAACCUCCUCCAUGCCUGCCAGAUGCUCUCUUUGACAACUUUCCUGCCGCGGCUGGAAUGGUGCAUCGGUGUGGGCAGCGUUUUUGAAGGCUGGAGAUACCACAGGCAGGACACUGUCUACAGGCUGCUCGUGCUCCUGAAGCCACCACCCGGGCACUCCUUCCGCCUGAAGCUGGGCACUGGCGGGGAGCUGCCGGCGAGGCAUGGUCGCGUCCAUGUGAAGCUGGAGUGCAUGUGCGAGAGGGAGCAGCUGCUGGGGGACGUGCUGUGCUUCCGGCACCACUCCCAGAUCCGAGUGCGCAGGUAUCAGCGCCCCGGGCUCCUACACACCCUGUGCACUGGCUUCUACCUGGAUGUGGAGAAAACCGCCCGCUGGUUCCAGCUCUUUGUAAGAAAUGCCUGGGACAUGAUUGCUGCGGAACAAAACUGCCAGCUGACAGUGCUGCCUUCCUCCCAUUCCUGCAAGCUCCAGCUCACAUGUGACUCUGGGAGAACCAUGCACACUGAGAUAAUGCUGGGGGUGCAGCAAGACAACUCGGGGCUCUUCAUGGGCAGCCAGGAGGCAGAGGCCGGCCUCAGCAGCAGCACAACUUGGCUGGAGAGCUGUGCCCUGCAAGAGCUGCUGUUCUUCAGAUUCAUGGCCAGGCAGGCCCCCCAGGGCAGCUGCCACCUAACGUGUCUGCAGCUCCUCACCUACCUCCUGGAGGACUCGGUGCUUUCCUCUGUCCACCUGAAAACAGUCGCCAUGCACCUCCUGACACUGCUUCCCCCAUCAGCGUGGUGCCCAGAGCAUCUCCUGGAGCGGCUGAGGGAUGUCCUGCGCUACCUGCACCGCUGCCUGGAGGAGAAACAGCUUCACCACUUCCUCCUAGGCAACAAGAGGGUGCCCAGGGAGGUCCCCCUGCCAGCGGCCUUCCAAACGGCCAGCCCGCUCAACCUCUUCCAGCGCCUGGCGCAGCAGCCCGACGCCCACGCCCAGGCGCUGCGCGAGUUCACCGAGCUGCAGGAUCGGCUCAGGAGCCUGUUAGACUGA